AAUUACUAAUAGUAACUUCUUCAAAUGAAUUUCUUCUAGUUAAAGAUGAUGUGGUAUUUGGAUUUGAUGUUGAUAAUGGUCAGUUAUUAAUACUUUUAGAUGAAUGUGUUCAGCUUAAAAAAG